AUGGAAGACAAUAAUUAUGAUCGAGAUUCUGAUUAUUUUGAUGAUGAUGUUAAUUAUGAAGAUCAAUACAACUACCAGAAUGCAAGCAACCAAUUUAACAUGUAUGAACUACAUUCACUGAAUUAUUAUCCUGAACCAAAUGACCAACAAUGGCAAAUACAGAACCAUCAACAAAGUGAACAAUUUGAUGAAAGGACAUAUGACCGUAAUGAAUUUAAUAACCAAAAUAGGAACACGCAUUUUGAAGAACAUUGGAAAAAUUUGGACAUGACAUCACAAGGCUAUGAAAGAAACAAUUUUAACGACAGGGAUCGGUACUUUCAAGAUUAUAACACUAAUUACAGAAAGUACACACAUGCAAACGAUGAACAGAACUUUCAUCUCAGUGAAAGAGAUAGAAGAUACAACGAACAACAGGAAAUUUACAGAAGAUUAUGCAAUCGACAGCUACCAUCUUUCAACAAUGAUUGUUAUAGAAGAGAUUAUUUUAUAAACAAACGCAAAUUUAAUAGAGAACGUGUUGAUGAUUUUAUAAUACCACCCGUUAUAUUCAGCGAUUCGCAACCAAACAGGAACCUUGAAAAGGAUAAAGAACAAUGGGAUCAUAACAUCUCACCUUCUAUAAGUGAACUACGACUUGCAACAGAAGAAUCCACCGACAAAAUUACCACUCACAGUAUAAAAAAGACAGUGGAAGAAGAACAAAUAGCGGUGUAUACGAAUCCUAUUAUAAAUAAUUCCGAUGACGAAGAAGAUAUUAACAUCAUUGAAGAACUUUCUGAGAAAGAAAUAACAAUUGUUUGGGACAAUGAAAUGUUUGAAGACGAUGGAAAAAUGGAGGAGGACACUUUACAAAAUCUUGGUUCGGAAAAUAGCAACUUUACAAUAGAUUUAAAGGAAGAAGACGAAUUAGAAAACUAUACUUGUGCUAUUAACGACAUUUUAAAAGAAGACAAUGAUAUUUCAAAAUCUAAAAUUAACCGUGGACUAAAUGAGAUAAAAUCAGAUCAGGAAAGUAACGAAAAAACUAUUAAGAAAAGUAAAAAACUUUUAGAUAAUACACAGACUAAUAAUGAGGAUAUCGCAAUCGUGGAGAAUUCAUAUUCACUAAUAGAACGUAUGAAUUCGGACAGCCCAAUGACAGAACUAAGAAAAGGAAAACCCCCUGGAAAGAUCAAAUUUAUAUCUCCGGAACAAUUAAGUAUGGAAAAUAAAGAAGAAAAAAAAGACGAAUGGAAUAAUCAAGUAUCAAAUGCGGACGUAAUCAUUUCGACAAAUACUUACGCUGAAGUUAAAGAAUUCGUCACAAAUACGAUUUUUUCAUUUAAAAGCCUAAAUCAAGAAAUUUCAGAAAUGGUGAAAUAUUAUAUCUCAAUACACAAGAAAUUAUUAGGAACACAUCAAAAAUACUUUUGGAUUAAAUUUUUACUUGACACAAAUUGGAAAAAGGAAGCAGUUUGCAGAUUCCAAGAAAAUGAGUUACUACAAUGUACAAUACCUAAAAUAGUAGGAACAAAAGUUCUUUUCAAUAGGUUGGGUAUUGUUUAA